AUGGCUGUCUGGGAGACGGAGGAUGAGUCUAACGGCCCGACCUCCCACUCAUUACCCACACCACAAGACACACCUUAUAGAACACCGUCCAACGCUUCGAGGAGGUCACGACGGUCUAUAACUCCUCCAGGGAUGCAGACCUCUCCGCCCCUGCCGGCCGUUGACCGCGGUGGCAAGGCAUCCAAGCGGUCAUCAAAAGACGUUUCCAACGACGACACGAUCAGCGUUCUCGAUCCUCGACGAUUCACCCCGACUCUCCAUGCAAACCUGGUCGCCGAGAUACUCAACUUGAGGAGGGAUCAGGAAGAUAAAAUCAAACUGAUCGAGAACCUUGAGGCUUCGUUGCAUGCUACACGAGGGGAGCAGGAGGCACUACAGGAGACUGCCAUUGUCACUGCAAAGGAAACCAGGUCCCUCAAACGCCAAUUGGCUCUCCUUGAGGGUGGAUCUUCGUCCGCUAUUGGAGAGCUGGCUCGUGAGAGGGAUGAAGCGGUUGAAUCUGCAACGGAACUGAAGAAACGACUCGAUGUGGCACAGCGAAAGAUUCGAACGCAGGAAGAUGACUCUCAGCGUGUUCAUGACUUGUGGACGCGCGACAAGGACGCCUGGGAUGAAGAGAAGCGAAAGUAUGAGCGGAAAAUCCACAUUGCUGAGACCAGAAUGAAAGUGGUUCUUGAUGAGGUUGCCGCCUACCAGAACGCGCACACCAAUGGACAUGGCGCCGAGAGCGAGGCGGAGGAGACUGGUCGUGAGACCGAUGCGGCGAGCAUCCGCACAAUGAGCAUGACCAACAGCAUUCGGUUCUCGACACAACAGAGUCCCGGGAAGACGAACAUCGGCAACUGCCUCGCGGAUGAGCUCAAUCUUGACGGCGAUGACGAUUGGCACACAGAUGAUGGCGGUAGGGAGAGCGCGCUCUCGCAUCACCGCCAUACGCGCAACAUGAGCCGCGACAGCGUUAUGUCCAGAAUGCACCGUCGCAACCAAAGCAUUGAAAGCCUGAAGAGGCCAGGCAGCGUUGCGCGUGGCAAACUUUGGGUGAACCAGACCGUCUUGGAGGCCCUGGAAGAUGGGAUCCAAGAGGACGAAGAGGAAGCACCACCUGCGCCGAAGGCAGUCUACAAAGACACGGGAGUGCAGUUCUCCCCUCCUCCGUCUCCCACGCUCGAAGCAUUCAAACCGGCGACGCCAGAACCCCUCACACAGGUCGAAAGACCUCCCGAAGGCGACAGCCAGCGUCACGCGGAGCUGGAAAUCGAGGCGAAUCAGAGACGGAAACGCGUUCAGCUCGCCAGACCACUAAGCAUCGAACCACCGUACCGUCUUCAAGAAUCGAUGGUUUCGGCUGGAUCGCAGACAGCAGAGGAGCCGUUGAGCCCGCCCAAGACGCCCAAAUCCCCAUUCCGGUCCAUGACACCACCAUCUCCGGAGAUCGAGACUGUCCCCAUGGUGUCAGCUUCGACACAGACCGAGAAGGAAGAUGAGCCAGAGCCGCUGCAGAAGUUGCCGGAAUUUGCCCCCUUGAGAGAGUUGUCGAUUCCCAGCAUCAGCGUCAUCCCACCCACGAGUCGGCCGUCGACCCCGCGCGAGCCCAGACUGCCACUUUAUAACAAGGAUGCCGCUUGUCAAGUAUCACUUCUAUCGUCGCCUGUUGCUUCGAAAUCCAUCGGUGUUCAGACCGAAGAGAUCCGAAUCGACCAGCGCCUUGCUAGGCUUCCACUUCACCUGCAUCCAGACACCAUAUCGUCGCGGCCGCCGUCUCCCAAUCCAGCGGCUCUAGCGAAUGCUGGCGAUCCUUCAUCGGUUCAAUUCACGCCCGCACCCAACAAUCUGCCGCCUAGAAACCCAAGACGUUUGACGAGUAGGCGCAGCAUUGGUGAAGUGUCACCAUCACCACCACUUCCCGCGCCUCCGAUCUCGCCAACUUUCUCGGGGGGGCUCUCCAACGGCCCUGAAAACACGCACAAUGACGCCUACCCGGGCAACAACGACGACGGGCCACUCUCGAGUCGAAAGGCGCCGAUGCGCCGGCCCCAUCGCAUUAGCAGUCUCUUUGCAGGAUUUGAUGCCAACAGCUCCGAUGAAGCGGACGACUUUGGCGAUGGUGACCUGAGCGACCCUGAGUUCCAGACGGCUUUGUCACAUCCUGGCCAGAGACCCAAGUCCAGUGUGGUAAAACCAUCCAAGCGAAGGUCAUCCGGAACGGCGACAUCUCCAGAACAUGAUUCAAUGAGGUAUCAUUCCGCGCCGAGAAGCUCCGCAAAGCCGCUCGGCACUGAAAGCUAUAGCUAUAGUCUGCAGGGCAAGGAGACUGUCAACAAGGACAGAGACCCUGGCCCGAGAACGUCGGUCCAGAUGGGUGCUCAACGUAGCGUGGAGAAGUCCAUUGCCGGACCAAGCAGCAAGCCGAACGGGAUGCGCCGGGCUGCUCUCAUCCAGAGUGGCAUUGCAAGCCACCAAGGACGUUCUAGGAGUCCCAGCCUACCAGAUCCUCAAGAUCCCCCUUUCCCCAUUCCAACGAGGGCGAGCUCUAGGCGGCCGCCAUUCAGUGUUAGCGCGCCAAGCGAUGGACAGCGAAGCCCAACACGAGGAGAGGGCGGUUGGCACAGGAGAGGAAGUAGCCGUACCCAUUACCGUGCGAACAGUAUCCGCAAAGUGCGUUCGGCUGCGGCUCUGCCACGCACCCAGCGUAACAGGCGACAAAGCCGCUCGCCACCGCCGUUCUCGGAGACGACAGAAGUUCCCGAAAGCCCUAGCCUGCCGCCGCUGCCGCACAAUGAUAUUACCUCCAUGAGCCAUCGUGAGCCCAGUCGAUCACGCUUCAGGUCGUCCCACCGGUCACAGCCAUCGACAAACACAGCCCAGACAAGUCAAACGUAUCAGACGAACCUGACAGACCUGAAUUCGAUCGGAGGCGGUUCGCCAACCACCGGCGUUGUAGAUGCCAUCGCUCAGACAAUGGUCGGCGAAUGGAUGUUCAAGUACGUGAGGAGGCGAAAGUCAUUUGGCGUACCAGAAACAAACGGCAAGGAUGACAACAGCAACGACCGUCACAAGAGAUGGGUUUGGCUGGCUCCAUACGAGCGUGCCAUCUUGUGGAGCAGCAAGCAGCCCAAUUCUGGCAGCGCCUUGAUGGGCAAGGCUGGCCGAAAGCUGACGAUUCAGUCUGUUCUCGACGUCAAGGACGACAACCCGACGCCCAAGGGCGGGGCGACACUUUUCAACCGGUCCAUCUUGAUUUUGACUCCGCAGAGGGCCCUCAAAUUUACGGCCGUGUCGGCAGACCGUCAUUACAUCUGGCUGACAGCGCUGUCUUUCCUUGCUCACUCACAGCAAGCGGUACCCGAGAUCAUCACGGCCCCUCCGCCACCCAAGACAGUACUGCCAGACUUUGAGAUGCCUCAGCCCAAACGGAAGACAGGCAUCCGGGACUCGAUUCGCUUGACCAAAAGUAAGGCGCCAUCGUUCCGGCAGCCUCCCGUGCCCAGCAUUCCCAGCAUCCCCAGCAGCCUCCCGAGCGCACCGUCGUCGCAGGUCGGGGAUGUCAGCAGCUCCAGGCAGACCGAGACGUUUCCGCCGUUGCCAAUGAGCAGUCACCAUCAGCGCGAGCAGUCGAGUGAUGCGGCCGAACCGCCCUUCAUUCCACGUUUCCACGAGCGAAGCAGCCAGGCUAUGGUGCACGGUAGAAAGCGUAGCAACACGGGUGGCCAUGUGCCACCGCCGCUAUCGUUCCGCGGCUUCUCGGGCCCAGCAGCAGGCCACAGUUACACCGACAGCAACGCAGGCAACAGCGUUGGCACGGCAGGCUCGUCUGAUAUCUAUCAGUCGCAUCGAUCACAGGCGUCAAGCGGGGGUCCCAGCUGGGGUCUCAGCACGGCAGGGUCGCAGCGAACGUCGGAGGCUUCCUCGCGGCCGAGCAACUUUUUCGAUGCCAUCGGCACAGUUCGCAUGGAAGCUUUCAUCAGCCCGCUGGCGUUCUCUGGUGGGUUCGAUGGGGAUCCGGAUGAGAAUGAUGAGUUCCGCUACCGCGCAAGGCGGCAAUUCGCGAAGCACGCGUAG